GUUUCUUUCAAUUCUCUUACCUUCUUGAGUGUUGACACUUGAAUAUCUCAGCAAAUACUUUGCUUACCUUCCUACCUUUCGCACAUCCUUCCCCUUCUCCGCCUCACUCAUUCCCGCAGACCGCCAAAUUCGAUUGCUCUCCUCUCUUUCUCUCUCGCUUGCUUCUUCAAUGGCUGAUUCCGGCAACAAUGGCGCUCAAACUCUACGAGUGAGUGUGAAAUGGCAAAAGAAGGUUUUCCCUGAGGUGGAAAUUGAUACUAGUCAGACCCCAUAUGUUUUCAAGUGUCAGUUAUAUGAUCUAACAGGAGUACCACCUGAAAGACAGAAAAUCAUGGUGAAGGGUGGUUUAUUGAAGGAUGAUGCUGAAUGGGCAACUGUUGGAGUAAAGGAGGGUCAAAGGUUGAUGAUGAUGGGAACCGCAGAUGAGAUAGUAAAGGCUCCAGAGAAAGGACCAGUUUUUGUAGAGGAUCUGCCUGAGGAGGAUCAAGUGGUCGCUGUGGGCCAUUCUGCUGGUCUAUUUAACUUAGGAAAUACAUGCUACAUGAACUCCACAAUUCAAUGCCUGCAUUCAGUGCCCGAGCUGAAGUCUGCACUGUUGGAGUAUUCACAGUCUGGCCGGACCAAUGAGUUAGAUCAAACUUCUCAUCUUUUGACCGUUGCGACCAAAGAUUUAUUCAGCGAUCUUGAUAAAAAUGUCAAGCCGGUGGCACCUAUGCAAUUUUGGAUGGUAUUGCGUAAAAAGUUCCCUCAGUUUGGCCAGCUGCAUAAUGGUUCUUUUAUGCAACAGGAUGCAGAGGAAUGCUGGACACAGCUAUUGUACACCCUCUCUCAGUCUCUUACAUCAUCCAGUACUAGUGAGAAGCUCAGUGCUGUGAAGCGCCUUUUCGGCAUUGAGCUUGCUAGCAGGGUGUACUGUCAAGAAAGCAGUGAAGAAAGUACGGAUGUGGAAUCAACUUUUGCUCUAAAAUGUCACAUAUCCCAUGAAGUGAACCAUUUGCAUGAGGGGCUAAAGCAUGGUUUGAAAUCUGAACUCGAGAAGAACUCGCCUGCAUUGGGCCGUAGUGCAGUCUACUUAAAGGAGUCACGUAUCAGUGGUUUACCAAGGUACUUGACCAUUCAGUUUGUCAGGUUUUUCUGGAAGAGAGAGUCAAAUCAGAAGGCAAAAAUCUUGAGGAAAGUUGAUUAUCCUCUAGAGUUGGAUAUUUUUGAUUUGUGCUCGGAUGAACUUAAAAAGAAGCUAGAAGUUCCUCGUCAGGUUCUAAGAGACGAAGAGGGUAAAAAACUAGGUCUCAAACCUAGUGACAAAAGUUCUAGUUCGAAGGACAAUGAUGUCAAGAUGCUUGAUGCGGAGGGUUCUUCAAAUGGGAGUGGCGAACCAUCUACAGGAACAUCUGAAGAAGUUGUUCCAUCUGAGAAGGAAAUGCACUUAACUGGAGUUUAUGAUUUAGUAGCUGUAUUAACCCACAAGGGUAGAAGUGCUGAUUCAGGGCACUACGUUGCUUGGGUGAAGCAAGAUAAUGGAAAGUGGAUUGAAUUUGAUGAUGACAAUCCAAUUCCUCAACGAGGAGAAGAUAUUGUCAAGCUCUCCGGUGGAGGUGAUUGGCAUAUGGCAUACAUUUGCAUGUACAAGGCCAGAACUACCCCAAUGUAAUUCAAGUUUUCACGAGUUGACGUUUCUUCGAUCAUAUAUAAAUUGAAGUGUUUUCUCCGCUCUUUUUGGUUGUGGUUCUAUAGACUUCCGAAGGAGCAAAAUUUCUCCCCCUCUUUUAAGCUAUUGAAAUUAUGCUGGGGUGAACGUGUUAUUUCACCUACAUAAUUUUUGUCAAAUUUGUUGUUUCUUGGUAUAUCCUGCCCAUUGUCAUUUGGAUGAAUAUCCAUAUUUUCGCUUGUAAGAUUAAGUAGUAUUUUCUAGUAGUUUUUUGAAGUUACAAUCUUUUUAUUUCGUGCAUCUUUUUGUGCAAAAAUGUUAUUCAUCAAUUAUUCAGCAAAUGACCAAAUGUGUAACAUUAAAGGCGUGUGACCUUU